AUGCAUGCCCCAGAGCGAGUACGCGGGCGCCGCAGUGCACGUUUCCCACUCGGGUAUCAUUCAGUACCCGUUUGAAUUUCCAACAAGUAGGUCGAGAAAAGUCGAGAAACGUCCAGGGCAGAACACCUACACUAUACACCGCGCAUGCUAUCCAGAUAUGCAUUUUAUGGCACAUCUACAAUCUUUUUUUAUCGGUGCCAGUUCUGAAGCUUAAGCAGUUCACAGUGAAAGUCGAAUUACCGAACAAAUCCUACGAGAGUCACAAAACACAGACACAAUGGAAGGCGAGUCAACAGAGUCCACACAAAACACCAAGGUGUCCGAUUCGGCCUACUCCAACAGCUGCAGCAACAGUCAGUCGCAGCGCAGUGGCAGUUCAAAGUCCAUGCUAAGCGGUAGCCACUCGUCGGGCAGCAGCGGCUAUGGGGGCAAACCCUCAAUACAGACUAGUAGCAGCGACAUGGCCAUAAAGCGCAACAAGGAGAAGUCGCGCAAGAAGAAGAAGGCCAAAUGCACACAAGCUCAAGCGAGCAUCGGUUCGUCGCUGGAGGGAGCCGAAGAGCAGCCGCACUCCAGCAGCACAGCCUGCGACCAGAAAAUCCUGCAUGUGAUGGCGACCACACAGCAGCUGGGCGACCAGCCGUCCUCGUUGGACCAUAAGCUUGGCGAGCAGCUGGAGGCUAGGCACAAUUGCGGGGUCGGCAAGGCGGAGCAGUCCCAGUCCUUUUCGCUGCCCUGUCCCCUCUCUGUGUCCACCCUGAUGCCGGGCAUCGGCGUUUGCCAUGGCGGCAACGCACCAGGCGGCAAGUGGGAAAAGACCUUUGAGUCCUGCAAGCUGGACACGGGCCCGGCUAAGACGGAGCGCGUGAAGGAGGACAGCUUCUGCUGUGUGAUCUCAAUGCACGACGGCAUCGUGCUCUAUACCACGCCCAGUAUCACGGACGUGCUGGGCUUUCCGCGUGAUAUGUGGCUAGGCCGCUCCUUCAUCGACUUUGUGCACACCAAGGACCGGGCUACGUUCGCCAGCCAGAUCACCACGGGCAUUCCCAUUGCAGAGUCGCGCUGCAGCAUGCCCAAAGAUGCCAGGAGCACUUUCUGCGUGAUGCUGCGCCAGUAUCGGGGCCUUCAGACCAGUGGCUACGGAGUGAUCGGCCGGUCCGUGAACUACGAGCCCUUCCGCCUGGGAAUGUCAUUUCGCGAGGCGCCCGAGGAGGAGCGUUCCGACAACUACAUGGUCGCAAAUAGCAGCAACAUGCUGCUCGUCAUUUGUGCUACCCCCAUCAAGAGCAGCUACAGAGUUCCCGAGGAGAUCCAUUCGCAGAGGAGCCCCAAAUUCGCCAUCCGCCAUACGGCCGCCGGCAUUAUCUCGCACGUGGACAGCGCGGCGGUGAGUGCUUUGGGCUACCUUCCGCAGGACCUAAUGGGCCGAUCCAUCAUGGACCUCUACCACCACGAUGACCUCCCCGUCAUUAAGGAGAUAUACGAGUCUGUCAUGAAGAAAGGCCAAACGGCCGGCGCCUCCUUCUGCAGCAAGCCCUAUCGCUUCCUCAUUCAAAACGGCUGCUACAUCCUUCUUGAGACGGAGUGGAGCAGUUUCGUGAACCCUUGGUCACGUAAGCUCGAGUUUGUUGUCGGCCAUCAUCGUGUGUUUCAGGGUCCGAAGAUAUGUAACGUUUUCGAGACGCCGCCCAACUCGGAACCGAAGAUCGCGGAGGAGUUGCAGAACAAGAACACACGCAUUAAGGAGGAAAUCGUGAAUUUACUGGCCGAGAAAGUCUCUCGACCCUCGGACACGGUCAAGCAGGAGGUGUCGCGCCGGUGCCAAGCCCUGGCCAGCUUCAUGGAGACACUUAUGGACGAGGUGUCGCGUGCGGACCUUAAGCUGGAGCUGCCGCACGAGAACGAGCUGACUGUGUCAGAGCGGGACAGCGUCAUGUUGGGUGAAAUCUCGCCCCACCAUGACUACUAUGACAGUAAGAGUUCCAUUGAGACGCCACCCAGCUACAAUCAACUAAACUAUAACGAGAACCUGCUGCGUUUUUUUAACAGCAAGCCUGUCACUGCACCCGUGGAAGUCGACCCGCCAAAAGUGGGGUCCUCGGAUGUGAGCAGCACCCGCGAGGAUGCCCGCAGCACGCUUAGCCCCCUGAACGGCUUCGAGGGCAGUGGCGCCAGUGGCUCCUCAGGCCACUUGACCAGCGGCAGCAAUAUACACAUGAGUAGUGCGACCAACACAAGCAAUGCUGGAACGGGCACUGGUACGGUCACGGGAACCGGCACAAUAAUAGCCACCUCCGGGACCGGCACUGUCACCUGCGCCUCCGGCAACAUGGACGCCAACACCUCUGCGGCCUUCAACAUUGCCGCCAACACCUCUGCCGCCGACAACUUUGGCGCCGAUACCUCUGCCGCUGACACCUCUGGCGCCGACACCUCUGCUGCUGACAACUAUGCAGUCGACAACUAUGGCCCCGGCAACUUUGGCGCUGAAAACUCUUGCGCCGAUAACUCUGGCGCCGAAAACUCAUGCGCAGAUAACUCUGGCGUCGAUAACUCCCGGCCCGAUAACUCUGGGGCCGAUAACUCUGCGGCCGAUAACUUUGGCGCCGACAACUCUGGACCCGACAAUUCCGGGGCCGACAAUUCCGGCGCCGACAAUUCCGUACCCGACAACACUGGACCCGACAAUUCCGGCGCCGAAAACUCUCGGGCCGAAAACUCUCGAGCCGAUAACUCUAGACCCGACCACCCCAGACCCGACAUCUCUGGCGCCAGCAAUUCUCGACCCGACAACACUGGACCCGACAAGUCGGGCGCCGAAAACUCUGCCUCUGGAUCGGGAUCGGGCACCUCCGGCGGCGAAGGUCCCUCCAGUGGUGGGCAGGAUACCAGAACCACCGCUGGCACUCCCGAUUCCCCGCCCGUCUCACUCACCGAGUCGCUUCUGAACAAGCACAACGACGAGAUGGAGAAGUUCAUGCUGAAGAAGCACCGAGAGUCACGCGGGGACCGCCGUACCGUCGAAAAGAACAAGAACAAGACGACCAACACAAUCGACUCGCUGAAGAUACUCGAGUACAGCAGCACUGGUCCCGGCCACGGCACCAAGCGCGGCGGGUCCUACUCUUGGGAGGGCGAGGGCAACAAGCCCAAGCAGCAGCCCACUCUCAACAGUGUGGGCGUGGGAACGGGUGCGCCCGAGGCCCCCAUCCCACCUGUCCACCCCACUCACACCACUCACACGGCCAUCGCCCAGAGCAGCUUCUCGGCUCAGCAAAGUCUCUUCCCCACCUUCUACUAUAUUCCAGCCACCCCGCUAGCCGCCUCCACGCCUGCACCGGGUGCGCUUAGCCCCACGCCCCGCAACCAAAAGCACCAUCACCAUGCCCAUCAGCAUGCCCCGAAGGUCCCAGAUCAGGCAAGCACCUCACAGCAGGCGGCGGGACCAGCCGCAAUACCUCUCCAGUACGUGACCGGGGUGAUGUAUCCGCACCCGUCGCUCUUCUACACGCACCCGGCGGCGGCAGCCGCCACGGCCAUGAUGUACCAGCCCAUGCCCUUUCCCGGAAUAGCCAAUGCAAUGCAGCUCCCGGAGCAGCCUAGCACCUCGCAGUCCAACUACAGCAAGACCGUCUUCUCGGGAGCCUUCCACUCGAUCACACCCGCCCAGCUGCAACGCCCGUCCUCACAGGACACAUCGGUCAAGACGGAACCCGCCUCGAACGUCACACCGUCACAUUCGUCCAACAAAAAGAAGGCCAACUCGCCCAUCGCCUCCGGCAUAGGCGACUACAACUCCAACCAGGCUUGCUCCAGAAAUCGAGCAAACGUGAAGAAAUACACAGACAGCAAUGGAAACAGCGACGACAUGGACGGCUCUAGCUUCUCGUCCUUCUACUCAUCGUUCAUCAAGACCACUGAUGGCUCCGAAAGUCCGCCCGAUAACGACAAAGAGGCCAAACACCGCAAGUUGAAGAAUAUAACCCGGUUGAGCAGCAAGAUAAUGGAGCACCCGGAAGAGGACCAAACCCAGCACGGAGAUGGAUAG